CACAUUGAAUGCACCACGCGGUUUUGAAAGAAGGACAUUUCAUGAGAGAGCUGACUUUGGCCGUCUUACUCUCCUUAAUAGAGUUAAAGCAUUUUGCUGUCAACUUUUGACUAUUUGCCACCCUUCUCUUCUUUCUUUCCCUAUUUAUACACCCCUUGCUUUUGACUCUUGCCUCAACACCACACCUUAUAGUAGCAAGUGAGGGAGAAAAAAAGCUUAAAGUUUCAAGUAGAAAAGAAAGAGAUCAUCAAUCUCAUAGCUAGAGAGGUACAAGUGUAGUGAAAGAUGGGAAGGCCACCUUGUUGUGAUAAAGAAGGUGUGAAGAAAGGACCAUGGACCCCUGAAGAGGACAUCACUUUGGUCUCUUAUAUACAAGAACAUGGUCCUGGCAACUGGAAGGCUGUUCCUGCCAAUACUGGGUUGUCAAGGUGCAGUAAGAGCUGCAGACUUAGAUGGACCAAUUACCUGAGGCCAGGAAUCAAAAGGGGUAACUUCACAGAACAAGAGGAGAAGAUGAUAAUCCAUCUUCAAGCACUUUUAGGGAACAGAUGGGCUGCAAUAGCCGCAUACCUACCACAGAGAACAGACAAUGACAUCAAAAACUAUUGGAACACUUAUUUGAAGAAGAGACUCAAUAAAUUGCAAACAGGUGCUGCUGAUGGAACCUUGGGACAUGCAGGGUUUUCACCAAUUUCUAGGCCAAUGCCAAGAGGUCAAUGGGAAAGAAGACUCCAAACAGAUAUUCACAUGGCCAAGAAAGCUCUCAGUGAAGCUCUCUCACCAAACAACAACACAUUCACCUUGUUACCUGAAUCAAACUCAACCCUUUCGAGUGAAAGCUCAUUCUGUUCCACUAAACAAACUCAAUCUUCACCAUGCUAUGCUUCAAGUGCUGACAACAUAGCACGUUUGCUGAAGGGUUGGAUGAAAAAAUCACCAAAGGGAUCAUGUUCCAAGACCCUGAAUGACACUGAUUCUACUAGUGAAGGAUACUCAAUUGUUGCAAAGGGAAGCAACAACUGUGUUGAAUUGAAUGAGACUUUUGAGUCCUUGUUUGGUUAUAAUGAGUCUUUGGAUUCUUUAAAUUCUGAGUCCCCUGAAGCUACCCUUUUCCAAGAUGAGAGCAAGCCUGCAGGGGUUGGUGCUGAAAUGCCAUUCUCUUUGCUUGAGCAAUGGCUUCUGGAUGAUGCUGGUUAUCAAGAGAAAUUGAGCUUGCUGCAGUGAAAUCACUGAAAUUUCCACGAUAUUUUAGGAUAUUGGAUCUCAAAUUGUAACAUGAGGGAAUCUGAUUAAAAAAACUGCUUUUUCUUAGUUUUAGGAUUAAUUGAAGCCUGAUCAAAAAACUCACUUUGGCCUUUUUCAACUUUUUGGUGCUAGAAGUGUAUAUUCCAAUGCGAAAUUGACAUUAGUGUUUCAUCA